CCGGCGCUCGGCGCGCGCACCCGCACUGAAGACUUGCUCCACCUCUCGGGGAGGAGACCCCGAGGACCGAUCCGGGGCACCCUCGGAGCGGAUGGUGAGGGCCACCACCCCGCCACUCUUCUCGCCUUUGCCCCACGACGGUCGUCACUGUCGAAGGGGCCGCCAGCCGCGCGCAUCCUGGUCGCGAGCGCCGACCAGGGGUGCGGAGGGGUGGCGGCGGAGCCCGGCUGCGGCGGGUGCGCCCGAGGCUGGCACCCCGAGGACAACGGCGAGGCCAAGCGGCCGAGAUGUGAAAGUAAAGAAAGGACAUAUAAAAUAACAAAGAUGCUUUUGAGCCAGAAUGUCUCAGCGGUUGGACCACUUAAUUUGUAUCCCAUGGUGCACAUCAGCCUCAUGUUUGGUAUUUCGUACAUUUUGCCUGAUUUUUCAGAUGAAUCUUGCACUUUAAAGAUGACAUUACGAAAUUUGCAGUCAAUCUUAUCAUGGGAAUUUAAAAACCAUUCAGUUGUACCAACUCACUAUACAUUAUGGUACACCAUCAUGAGUAAACAAGAAGAUAUGAAGAUCGUUGGGGACUGUACAAAUAUCACAAGAUCAUUCUGUGACCUAACAGAUGUGUGGGUAAACAUGACAGAGAUGUACAUCCCCAAAGUGGUUGGAUUCAGAGGGAACACAGCUCUGGUCAGUUGCAUGGGCUCUUUCUUCCUGGCAAUGGAGACACUGCCUUUGGACCCACCAGAGUUUGAGAUUAUUGGUUUUACAGACCACGUCAGUGUGAAUGUGAAAUUUCAGUCUGUCGCUCCCAAGAUGCUAAAUGAGGAAGAAUUACAGUUUUACUUAGCAUUAAUUGAAGAACAAUCAGGGGGGAUCGUUAAGAAGCAUAAACCCAAAACAAAUGGAAACAUCACUGAAAAUUUCAGUUAUGUCAUCAACAAGUUAAUUCCAAAAACAAACUACUGUGUAUCUGUUUAUUUUGAGCCUAAAGAUCCGAGAAAAAUAAACAGAUCUCCCUUAAAAUGUACCCUCUUUCAACCUGGAUGGGAAUCAGAGUCAUCAGAAUCUGCCACAAUAGGAGGAAUAAUUACUCUGUUUUUAAUAGCUGCUGUUGUCAUAAGCACUGUAAUGAUGCUGAAACAGAUCGGUUACAUAUGCUUAAGAAAUGAUUUCCCCAAAGUUUUGAAUUUUUAUAAAUUGUCAGUCUGUGUAUUUCCCGAGCUGCCUCCGUUGGAAAAAGUGGCUACCGUGGAGGUCAUUCACAUCAACAGAAAGAAGAAAGUGUGGAAUUAUAAUUAUGAUGAUGAAAGUGACAGCGAUAAUGAAGCAGCCCCCCGAAUAAGCGCAGGUGGUUACACCACGCACGGACUAACGGGCAGGCUGUGUCCCGCCUCUGUGUCCUCGGCCACCUUGGAGGACUGCAGUGACCCGGCUACUGAGGAGUGUGACCUGCCCGAGCCCAAGGCUGGUGCUGAGGCCCCAGUGGCACCAGGGCCCAGCCCCUGGCAGUCGGAAUGCACAAGUAGGGGCUACCAGGGGAGAGCGAACCUGCUGCAGGACCACUUUUCCGAGGAGGACAGCAGCUCCACGGAGGGGUCUGGGGACAGAAUUGUCUUCAAUGUGGAUUUGAACUCUGUGUGCGUGAGGGCCCUUGAGGACAACGACGACUCAGAAGUCACUCCAGUGUUACCAUCUCGUCCAGAAGAGACAGUCGUGCUAGAGGACCCCGACGAGACAGAAUCGGACCUUCUGGUGGCCAGUGGAGAAGGGACACAGUUGCCCUUCCCCGGCCCCUCUGCGGAGUGCCUGUGGCCUGAAGAUACUCCUUCUGAUAAAAGUGACACUUCCGAGUCGGAUGUUGACAUGGGGGAUGGUUAUGUAACGAGAUGAAUGAAUCAAGAAAUAUUUAAUUGGACGCCUGCUACCUCCGGUGCUGUCCCUCCCAGCACCCCCACUUGCUCCUUUGGGGUCUCCAAGUGUUCUCCGAGGGAAGGAUUAGGAGAUUGGUGACAUCAUCUGUGCAAAUUCCCAGUCUGGGGGAAGGGGAGGUGGGAAACAGAGUAUUCUGGUAUCAUUCAGUGCGUUGUUUACCUGUUCAAAGUGAUUUGCUUUGAAGGGAAAAGGCCCUGUCCAUUCCCUUUAUUCUCAUGGGUGUCUAAUGUUUCUGUAUCAUGUUUCCCAGAGUAAAGAGCAGGGUUUAUGGCAGGAGCAGUCAGCAUUGUUUUCCACAGGCUCCAGGAAAGCAGCAGAAAAAGAGAAGGGAGGCUGGACUGCGGGAGAGAAAGCGGCACACACCAGGAAACAGAAGCACACGCUUCGGGUUGGGUUAGAAGUAGGGAAGGUCCAGCCAAGUCUUGGGCACCUCCCAGAUGAUAUUCUGUCGCCUACACUCUUGAAAAUUCAACUCUCAGCCCCUUGCACAACCCUCCUCAAUCUGAGUGAGGAAGACAGACACACUAUAAAUAACUCUAGUGCGGGGCGGGUGACUAAUACAGAAACAUUUGCAUAAGGGAGAGGGAUAGAACCUCUGUGUCAUAUUUUAAGAUUUAAUUUUGUACAAUGGUUGGAGGUUGGUAAAAAAGAAAACACGCUCUUUAAUAUAAA